AUGCCCGACAUCGCGCUCAGGUCCUUCAAGUACACUCGAUUGACGGACCACGAAGAAUCAGCAACUUCAAUGCGUGCCUCAGUGCCAGCUGCAACAAUGAGAAGGCAGGAACGUUACACUGAUGACCCGGACGAACGAAUUGGGUUGCUGGGUGAAGAAGACCGUUCAUUCGACGUAGAAGAGGUCAGGGCGGAAGUAAGAGACUCUGCUCUGUUCAGACGGAAGGCCACGAGAGACGCGACGAGAGUCAUACCAUUUCGGCCACCAGAUAAACUCCAAGCCCGGUUUCCCCCCAAUAUCGUCAGAAACCAGAAAUAUAAUGUUCUGACGUUUCUCCCGCUGGUAUUCUACGAGCAGUUCAAAUUCUUCUUCAACCUCUACUUUCUUCUCGUCGCCAUCUCCCAGUUCAUCCCCGCACUACGGAUCGGCUUUAUUAUCACCUCCAUUGCGCCUCUGGUGUUCGUCCUUUCUGUGACUAUGGGCAAGGAGGCCUACGACGAUUACCAACGGAAUCUGCGGGACAGAGAGGCCAAUUCACAAAAAUAUCUUGUUCUUGAACCACCAUCCACGUCCUCUCUUGACAACGCCUAUAUCGAUGCCCAUGCCAACACUCGUGCUGUACCGUCUUCCUCGCUUCGUGUUGGCGAUUUGGUUCGUUUGGAGAAGAACCAACGUGUACCUGCCGAUCUACUCUUGCUACACACUUCAGAUGCCUCAGGCACUUGCUUUAUUCGUACCGACCAGCUGGACGGCGAAACUGACUGGAAGCUACGUGUUGCUGUUGCGGAGUCACAGAAACUUGAAGAGGGACAACUAUGGAAUCUUGAUGCAGAAAUCUAUGCGGAUGCCCCCAUCAAGGACAUUCAUACUUUUGUCGGUACUUUUACCCUCAAUACACCUAUCUCGUCCCAAGCCGGUCAAGGCAGCAUGGAUUCGGUCCCAUUAAACCAUAUUCCCUCGGUAACACCGCUCACGGCGGAAAACAUGCUAUGGGCCAAUACCGUUCUCGCGGCCGGCUCAGCCAUUGGCCUUGUACUAUAUACUGGCUCAGACACGCGCGCUGUGAUGAACACCAGUCACCCUGAAACCAAAACUGGUCUGCUGGAUCUGGAAAUCAACAAUCUGGCCAAGAUACUAUGCACCGUGACGCUUGUGUUGUCUGUGGUUCUUGUUGCUCUCAAUGGUUUUCGUGGCCCCGCCUACAUCUAUAUCGUUCGCUUUUUGAUUCUCUUUUCGUCCAUCAUUCCCAUUAGCUUGCGAGUCAAUCUGGACAUGGGCAAGACAGUAUAUGCGCAACAGAUCAUGACGGACGAUGAAAUAGCUGGAACCAUCGUCCGUACCAGCACUUUGCCUGAAGAGCUUGGACGGAUCGAAUAUCUUCUGAGUGACAAGACUGGCACAUUGACCCAGAACGAGAUGGAAAUGAAAAAAUUGCACAUGGGCACCAUGUCCUACGGUUUCGAUUCCAUGGACGAGGUUGCUCAUCAAUUGGCAAUUUCAUUCGGGGCAGACCAGUCACAUCGAAAAACCAGCUCUCUUGCGACGGGUGCUCAACUUGCAAGUCGCGGUCGACGAGACAUGUCAUCACGUGUUCGAGAUGUUGUUCUCAGUCUUGCCCUUUGCCACAAUGUAACUCCGGUCACCAACGAUGACGGUUCUGUGACUUACCAAGCUUCUUCGCCCGACGAAGUUGCUAUUGUUACGUGGACGCAGUCCAUUGGACUUACACUCACCUUCCGAGAUCGUACGCGCAUCGAGCUUCAGACGCCUUCAGGAGCCCAGAUAUCUUUCGAUGUACUUGAGCUAUUCCCUUUCACCUCGGAAUCGAAAAGAAUGGGAAUUAUAGUACGGGACUCCGCUACUGGGGAGAUCACUUUCCUUCAAAAAGGCGCCGACGUGGUCAUGAGCCGCAUCGUUCAACGCAAUGACUGGUUAGACGAAGAGACUGCCAAUAUGGCUCGUGAGGGUCUCCGAACGCUCGUCAUGGCGAAGAAACGGCUUUCUGCGCAGCUUUACUCAGAGUUCCAAACUAAAUACCGCGCCGCCAGCAUACGGCUGGAGGGGCGGAACGAGGCGAUGGCCAGUGUGGUAGCGGAAUGUUUGGAACACGAUUUGGAACUGCUCGGGCUGACGGGCGUAGAGGAUAAACUCCAAGACGAGGUAAAAUCGACCUUGGAAUUGUUAAGGAAUGCUGGGGUCAAGAUUUGGAUGUUGACUGGCGACAAGAUCGAGACAGCACGGUGCAUCGCAAUUUCCACGAAGCUGGUAGCAAGGAAUCAAUAUAUUCAUGAGGUAGCCAAACUCAAAACCGCGGAUGAAGUGCGCACUCAACUUGAAUUUCUCCAAUCCAAACUAGAUUGCUGUCUGGUCAUCGAUGGGGAGUCCCUCCAGCUUUGUUUGGAUCUUUUCAAGAAUGAAUUCGUGGAAAUUGCCACAAAGCUCUCAGCGGUCGUUGCCUGCCGCUGCUCCCCGACACAAAAAGCUGAUGUGGCAAGGUUGAUCCGUCGCCAUACCAGAAAGAGGGUGUGUUGCAUCGGUGAUGGAGGCAACGACGUUAGCAUGAUACAAGCAGCAGACGUCGGAGUCGGUAUUGUUGGCAAAGAGGGCAAGCAAGCAUCAUUGGCUGCCGACUUCUCUGUCAACCAAUUCAGCUUUCUCGCCAAACUACUUCUAUGGCAUGGCCGCAAUUCGUACCGACGCUCUGCCAAACUUGCUCAGUUUGUCAUCCACCGUGGACUGAUCAUCUCGGUCAUGCAAGCCGUCUUCUCGGCCAUAUUUUUUUUCGCUCCUAUUGCGCUUUAUCAAGGCUGGCUCAUGGUUGGCUAUGCCACGAUAUACACCAUGGCACCCGUGUUUUCCCUUGUCCUUGACCAGGAUGUCAAUGAAGACAUAGCAAUCAUAUAUCCGGAGCUCUACAAGGAAACUACCAAGGGGCGGGCGCUAUCCUACAAGACCUUUUUUCAGUGGCUUAUGAUCAGUGUCUAUCAAGGUGCUGCAAUCAUGAUCAUGUCGCUUGUGCUGUUUGAGACAGAGUUCUUGCACAUUGUGUCAAUAUCUUUUACUGCAUUGAUUCUCAAUGAGCUCAUAAUGGUUGCUCUGGAGAUCACAACUUGGCAUGCAUAUAUGAUAAUAUCAGAAGUGGUUACUCUUUCCUUCUAUGUGAUCAGUAUUGCAUUCCUUCCUGAGUAUUUUGAUUUGUCCUUUGUAGUAACAGUAGGGUUUGCCUGGAAGGUCACAGUCAUUGUUGGAUUGAGUGCAUUACCAUUGUAUAUUAUCAAGCUUAUAAGGCGAAGGAUUGCUCCUGCUGCCUCAAGUAAACUAAUCUAG